AAGCGUCUAAGCGAUAGAUAUUGGCUCGAAAUUCAAAAGUAUAUGACGUCUGCUGCAGGUGCUUAUUUUGAAACGGAUUUGCUCUUAUACCAACUGCAGCCAGCAAGUGAAAGCCAACAGUCAUGGUGAUGGUGGAUAAGAUUGCCUAUUUCCUCACCAGCUGUGAUACUGACACAGUUAGCAAAUAUAUCAACUGUGUGAAGACAAAGCUUUUAGACAAAAGCAGCAAUUCAACAACAGAAACACGAUCAUGUGUGGUGUUAGAUUGUGGAGGUGGGAAUGGACAUGAAGGAGUCAUUAAUUUAGCCCAGUACUACAUGUCCCUUUGUCGUAAAUACAGCCUUCUCCCAAAUGAACGGACAACUCUACUUUCAAGUAUUGACCAGGUUAUAGCACUACAGCUCUGUUUGGCAGAAAAAAAUAAGCAGGAGAGAGGAGAGUUUGAAGUUGAGACCAGUACUGUGAUACAGGCCAACAAAGACAUAGUAAAAUACAAACUUUCUCUGGUCAAGGCAGCUCAGGAGUGUGUUGAACAAAGUCGUCUCCCUUCCAUCGAGACAGAAGAUGUUUAUCCUGUGGGAGAUGAAAUAAGACCAGAGUACCAAGCAUUUCUAAAACACUGUAAUUAUAUAGACAUGUGUGAGGUGCUACUGGCUGUGUGUAAGGCAUAUCACAACAAUCUAAGUCUUCAGGCUGAACUUGGUAUAAAAGAUAUCAUUAUCAUUGGACUUCCAAGGAAUGAAACAGAGAGAGCAAUGGUUGAAUAUCUUUGUGAGGGUCGUUUGAUAAAGAACAUUACUUUAGAGGUUCCAUUGGAGAUGGAUGAUGAGACUGAUGUCAAGGAAGAAGAUAUUAAUAUUCUGUACAGUGAAGUCACUAUGACAGAGGCUUUAGGGGAAAGUGGUGGAGACAAAAGCUUCUUUCAACCCACACCCAAGUCAAGUCGGCCCAAGUCACUCACAGAGAGCUAUAUCCAGCUGGUGUAUGGGUCCUACUUGGAACUUCUGGUGAACUCUCGUGCAGAACUAGCCCUAGCUCGCUCUAUCAAUGUACCAGAAAGGGAACUAACUCACCAAGCUUUCACUGAUGUCAAACGUGAAUCUAAGACAAAAAACAUGACUAUGUAUCAGACUGCUGUAUCCUAUGUAAUGAAGAUUCGUCUUGGAGGUAAGGGGUAUGCACCAGACCCAAAUAGCCCCCUGGCUCAGCAUGUCAAAGGCCUUGGCGAGUUUGUCACCCUUGUUCAUAAAUUACAGACUGUGAUAGAGGAGGAAACUGAUAAACGAGUAUCCUGUCGUAAAGUGUUGAACAUCAUCAAGAAAGAGAUCAUCAAAUGUCGUGAAAAUCGCUUACGUAUCACAAAUGUUGAGUCUGUGUGUGAAAAGCUCCAAAAAGAGGUGGUUCGUGUCAUCAACAUGUUUGACUCUUCUGUCUCCAGCUCUCCAGAUAAGGCUGUGCGGGAUGGUGGAUCUGCUGUUGGUAGACACACACUCAAGGUAUUGCGAUACAUUGUUGAUAAGCUGGUGUCAGGGAUGGAUGACUUUAAAGUACAAACCCUUGAUUUCCUGUGUGAUGGGUUCUCUAGUCAAAGAACACCUGUACACUUCCCCUGUAUCAUGUCACAGUUCAGUUUUUUCAAGAUCCGGAUGACUUUAACAAGGAUUGGUCUCCCUGAAGAGUACCCAGACAAUCCUGAUGACCCUUGCAAUCAGAGUUUGUCUGACCGUCUUCUGUCCCAGCAAUCAACAGAGACACCAAUUCAUAAAAAGCGGUACAAGUCUUGCAUGGACUGGGCUGGCCCUACACAUGUGGUGGAUAUCAAGGACAAUGGGCAGGACAGUGAUAUUGUACUUACACAGUCAGAGGUUGUAGUCAUCCCAAGCAAAACAAUUGUACACGCUGGGAAGCACACAAACAAGGAAAUGGGAGUUGCCAACCGGGUAGCGGAGACCCUCAAAGACCAGGAGAAUGUUCCCACAACUGUAGAGGUCACAGAAAUAUCGAGUCAAGGGCAGAAGGAAGCAAAGAUCAAUGAACCAAAAACCAACAAAAUAAUUAAGGUGACAAAAAAGAAUCCAGGAAAAGGACAGAAACGACCCCUUGUGUCUGGAGAUUCUCCCCCAAAAGCCAAGAAGAAAACGAAAACAGAAACCAAAACCUGUCGUCGAAAACUACUUCCACAGGUCAAAGGUCAACAGCAAUUAACAAAAUUCUUCAGAGUAUAAAUUUAUUGUUUACAUGGAAUUUUAGUUUAGUGUUAUUGUAAUAUAUUCAACUUUAGCAGACUAUGUAUACUGUCAGAUUUGUAUGAUUCAUAACUUUUUUAAUUGUAUGUACAUAAUUAUGUAUGUGUUGAUUUCCUUUUUUUUAAGUUUCCUGUUUGAUCAUCAAAAAUAUUUUUUCCUUUAAUAACCUGUGAAAAAAAUACUUAGCCAUGUUUUAAUGAUGAUGUAACUACAUAUAUUGUUUCUAACUGCAUAGACAUAGUUUUACUGAGCCAGUACAAUUACUUAUCUCUUAGAUACAUUGAAUGUGAUAUAUAUAGGUUGUAGGUAGAGAAUAUACAGUAAACCUUCAGUCAGUUCAAACAAAAUUAAUAUAGUUAAAGCUAUACAUAUAUAUAGGAUCUUAUAUGAGCUUAUAAAGUUGAAACUUUGAAAGGAGUUUCAUAAAAUAUAUGAAAUGAAAACAAAUUUAAGAUGUUUUUCAUUACAUGACUAGAAAACUUACAUUUUCAGUCUUCAUAGUCUAAAGGUGGAAUGCUUAAUCAAACAGCCAUUUUGUUACUCCAUUCACAAUUCAUGAUAUUACAUCAUUUUCAUUUCUGACUGGCAUAGCCAAUUAAAAACAUGCCAGGUUAUAUUACUGUCACCUGUGCAAAAAUAUUACUGAAGCAAAUUGAUUGGAUAACAGGCCGAUUAUGUGACAAAACAUUUAUAUAACAUGUUUCAAUUUACAAAAUGCUACUGUAAAAUGGCUUUGAAAUUAAGCUUAUAUCAUUCCUCCAUACUCGAGUAGGGAGGAAAGACUAGAGCACAAGUUUUUGAAAGGAUCUUUUAGCUAUAGUUCAUAAGUCUUUUCCUCAACACCAUUUUCAGUUUGGUGUAUAUUAAUGCAUUAAAGUAAAAUAAUUUUGAAAUAUUUUGUAACUUUUUCAAAUUUAACCAUGUUUUGGACUUGUCACAGUUAUUGAAAGGUAUUAAUUUAGCAUUGAGAAUUCAAAUCCUAAUGAAUUUCUAAAAUUUUAACAUUUAUAAGCAUUUUGCAAUAGCAGCCACCAGUUCAAUGAGCUUCACAAUCAUUGAUAGCACUGGAUUUUAUUCAUAAAAAAGGUUUGUUCGAACUGCUGAAUUGAACUGACCGGAGGUUUAUUAUACAUUAAUAUAUACUCAGGAAAAGGGGUAUGCAAUUAUUUUUAAAUAUGUGAUCUGAAAAACAAUAUUAUAUAAAUGAGCCAUGAAUGAUAUUAUUUUAAUGAGUUAUUAUUUUUUUUUUUUUUUCAAAAUUGCAAUAAUUUACUAUUUAUGCUUCAUGAAAAUUAAUUGUAACAAAAAUGGAAACCACUGUUUUAAUUUAUUGAUCUUUGUAUUUAUAUAAUAUUUAUUGUGAAUUUAUUUUUAAUAAACACAUUUUCUUUUGCAAAUA